UUUCUCCGAAGAAGGCUCCUUGGUGAUUUGAAGAACAUCCUGAAGAUAAUAUAGGAGACAAUAUAUCAAGAAUCUAUUUAUUGAGUCCAUCUAGAACAAAAGCCAGGAGCUCCCUAAUGUAACCACUAGUGUUUCUUUUGAGGAGAAAAAUACAUAGAUUUUUUUUUUUUUCACGAUUACAAAGUAGAUAGUUUAGUCGAAAAAAUACGUUUUGGAAGAUGUCACUGAACAACUCUUCCAAUGUAUUUCUGGAUUCGGUACCCAGUAACACCAAUCGCUUUCAAGUUAAUGUCAUAAAUGAGAACCAUGAGAGCAGUGAGGCUGUGAAUGACAACAUUGACCCGCCACAUUAUGAAGAAACCUCGUUUGGAGAUGAAGCCCAGAACAGACUCAGAAUCAGCUUUAGGCCUGGGAAUCAGGAGUGCUACGACAAUUUCCUCCAAAAUGGAGAAACUGCUAAAACAGAUGCCAAUUUCCAUGCUUAUGAUUCUCAUACCAACACAUAUUACCUACAAACCUUUGGCAACAACACCAUGGAUGCUGUUCCCAAGAUUGAGUACUAUCGCAACACUGGCAGCAUCAGUGGGCCCAAGGUCAACCGACCCAGCCUGCUUGAGAUUCACGAGCAACUUGCAAAGAAUGUGGCGGUGGCCCCAGGUUCGGCUGACAGGGUUGCCAACGGUGACGGGGUGCCUGGAGAUGAACAAGCUGAGAACAAGGAAGAAGAUCAGGCUGGUGCUGUGAAGUUUGGAUGGGUGAAAGGUGUGCUGGUCAGAUGCAUGCUGAAUAUCUGGGGAGUCAUGCUCUUCAUUCGCCUCUCCUGGAUUGUUGGAGAAGCUGGAAUUGGUCUCGGAGUUCUCAUAAUUCUUCUUUCCACCAUGGUAACUUCUAUUACUGGGUUGUCAACUUCUGCAAUAGCAACUAACGGGUUUGUCCGUGGAGGUGGGGCCUAUUAUCUUAUUUCCAGAAGUUUAGGCCCCGAGUUUGGUGGGUCAAUAGGCUUGAUCUUUGCUUUUGCCAAUGCAGUGGCCGUUGCUAUGUAUGUGGUGGGAUUUGCUGAGACUGUGGUGGAUCUUCUUAAGGAGAGUGAUUCAAUGAUGGUGGAUCCAACCAAUGACAUCCGGAUUAUAGGCACCAUCACCGUGGUGAUUCUUUUAGGAAUUUCAGUAGCUGGAAUGGAAUGGGAAGCAAAGGCUCAAGUGAUCCUUCUGGUCAUUCUUCUCAUUGCUAUUGCAAACUUCUUCAUUGGAACUGUCAUUCCGUCCAACAACGAGAAAAAGUCUAGAGGUUUCUUUAAUUACCAAGCAUCAAUAUUUGCAGAAAAUUUUGGGCCAAGCUUCACAAAGGGUGAAGGCUUCUUCUCUGUCUUUGCCAUUUUUUUCCCAGCAGCUACUGGGAUUCUUGCUGGUGCUAAUAUUUCAGGAGAUUUGGAGGAUCCCCAAGAUGCCAUCCCCAGAGGAACCAUGCUGGCCAUUUUCAUCACCACUGUUGCCUACCUAGGUGUUGCUAUCUGUGUAGGAGCCUGUGUGGUCCGAGAUGCCACUGGGAGCAUGAAUGACACCAUCAUUUCUGGGAUGAACUGCAAUGGUUCAGCAGCCUGUGGGCUGGGCUAUGACUUCUCCAGAUGUCGGCAUGAACCGUGUCAAUAUGGACUGAUGAACAAUUUCCAGGUCAUGAGCAUGGUGUCAGGGUUUGGCCCCCUCAUCACUGCUGGAAUCUUUUCUGCAACGCUCUCCUCUGCCCUGGCUUCCCUUGUCAGUGCUCCCAAAGUGUUCCAGGCUCUGUGCAAGGACAACAUCUACAAAGCCCUGCAGUUCUUUGCAAAGGGAUAUGGGAAAAACAAUGAACCCCUGAGAGGAUACAUUCUCACUUUUUUUAUAGCCAUGGCGUUUAUUCUUAUUGCGGAACUGAACACCAUCGCUCCCAUCAUCUCCAACUUUUUCCUGGCCUCAUAUGCACUUAUUAAUUUCUCCUGCUUUCACGCCUCUUAUGCCAAAUCUCCAGGGUGGAGACCUGCAUAUGGAAUUUACAACAUGUGGGUGUCUCUUUUUGGAGCUGUUCUGUGCUGUGCAGUCAUGUUUAUCAUCAACUGGUGGGCAGCUGUCAUUACCUAUGUCAUUGAGUUCUUCCUCUACAUCUAUGUGACUUAUAAGAAGCCAGAUGUGAACUGGGGCUCCUCCACACAGGCUUUCUCCUACGUGAGUGCUUUAGACAACGCUCUGGAAUUAACUACAGUGGAAGACCAUGUGAAAAACUUCAGGCCCCAGUGCAUCCUCUUAACAGGCGGACCGAUGACAAGACCCGCUCUCUUGGAUAUAACUCAGGCCUUUACCAAGAACACUGGCCUUUGCAUCUGCUGUGAAGUCUUUGUGGGACCACGCAAGCUGUGUGUUAAGGAGAUGAACAGUGGCAUGGCGAAAAAACAGGCUUGGCUUAUAAAGAACAAAAUCAAGGCUUUUUAUGCUGCAGUGGCGGCGGACUGUUUCAGAGAUGGCGUCCGAAGUCUCCUUCAGGCCUCAGGCUUAGGAAGAAUGAAACCAAACACUCUGGUGGUUGGAUAUAAAAAAAACUGGAGGAAAGCUCCCUUGACAGAGAUUGAGAACUACGUGGGAAUCAUACAUGAUGCAUUUGAUUUUGAGAUUGGUGUCGUCAUAGUCAGAAUCAGCCAAGGGUUUGACAUAUCUCAGGUUCUUCAGGUUCAAGAUGAAUUAGAGAAAUUGGAACAGGAGAGACUGGCUUUGGAAGCCACCAUCAAAGAUAAUGAGUGCGAAGAAGGAAGUGGAGGCAUCCGAGGCUUGUUUAAAAAAGCUCGCAAGCUGAACAUUACUAAGCCAACGCCUAAAAAAGAAGGCAGCAUUAACACAAUCCAGUCGAUGCAUGUGGGAGAGUUCAACCAGAAACUGGUGGAAGCCAGCACUCAAUUUAAAAAGAAACAAGGGAAAGGCACAAUUGAUGUUUGGUGGUUAUUUGAUGAUGGAGGGUUAACACUUCUUAUCCCCUAUAUCUUGACUCUCAGAAAAAAAUGGAAAGACUGUAAAUUGAGAAUCUAUGUUGGAGGGAAGAUCAACCGCAUUGAAGAAGAAAAAAUCGCAAUGGCUUCCCUUCUGAGCAAAUUUAGGAUAAAAUUUGCAGACAUCCAUAUCAUUGGUGACAUCAACGUUAAACCAAACAAAGAGAGCUGGAAAGUCUUUGAAGAGAUGAUUGAACCAUAUCGUCUCCAUGAAAGCUGCAAAGAUUUAACAACUGCUGAGAAAUUAAAAAGAGAAACUCCAUGGAAAAUUACAGAUGGGGAACUAGAAGCAGUCAAAGAAAAGAGUUACCGCCAAGUUCGACUGAAUGAACUCUUACAAGAGCACUCAAGAGCUGCUAAUCUCAUUGUCCUGAGCCUACCAGUGGCAAGAAAAGGAUCUAUACCGGAUUUGUUGUAUAUGGCUUGGUUGGAAAUCCUCACAAAGAACCUCCCUCCUGUCUUACUAGUUAGAGGAAAUCACAAAAAUGUCUUGACAUUUUAUUCUUAAUCUGUGAAAGAUUAAAAUACAUUUUAACUUCAUGUAUGAAUAAUUAAGAAACAUUUUCCAGUACUUUAUGUUGUAAAUCUGAUCUAUGGAUAUGCAAAUCUCUGGAGACUAUCACAACAGAUUCUACAUAAAUUUCAUCAUUUUUUAUUAUUAGUUAAUGGGAGCUUUUUUUUUCCUAUCAGUUUAAGAGGGUAUGAAAACCAAGGCUACCCCUAGAAAAACAUUCUUAUCAUUGCUGUUGAUAAACAAAAAAAUUAAGCAAACCCAUGCUGGCUUGUGGUCAUAAAAACCACCAAUUUGAUUUAAACUUCUCCGGGCAAACUUAAUCUUUUGUUUCUAGGGCAUUUGCUUCUUAGCCCUGGUUUAGGUCUCAACCCCACAGCAGGUUCUCAAUACAUGCUAUUGACAGGCUGGUAUGGGAACCAUAUGUGGUUAUCAAAGGAAAAGACCAACUGGGUAGGAAACGUGAUUAUGCUUGGCCUCCUGAGAGGCUUAUACCUACAAAGAAGAUUUAAAAAUCAAUAACUGAAAACUUUAAGAAGUACUUGAGUCUAUAAAAUGUUGAAAGCAGUUACCUAAAUAAGGUUAUUUAAUGUAACAGAUUAUAUACUUAGAGUGAUCUGAGCAAUCUUUGAUAACAUACACCUUGAAUUUGCUGCUGACUGAAAAGUAUUAUAUAUUAACUAGAUUAGAAGACAACAUACAUUCCAAUUAAAUGAAAUAUAUCUUAUUCUUAGCAUAUAAACUUUAAUUGUGCUCCCUGCUACAUAUUUUGAAAUUUCCAUCAUGGCAUUACUUUGCAUAUUUUUUUUGUAAUUAAGUGGUUAGCACAGAUGAAAUCUUUAUAGAUGUCUAAUUGAAAACCAAGUACCACAAAUUUUCAAACCAUUAUUAAGAAAUAUAUCCUGAAUCAUCAGUUCAGUUACUUUCUAUAGUGAUUGUAUGGAUUUUAAAGAAUGGUUAAACUGUGAAGUGGAAAAACUUUGCAAAUUUAGAAUAUACAGGUAUUGAUUUUUUUUCAUUUUUAUUAGUAUACCUAUAAUACUUAAUCACAUUGACAAACCAACAAAAAGUUGUUUUUCUGAUGAAUGGCCUGAUUUUUCUUCUUGACAUAUUUUGACUGUUUAUUCUACCUGAGAAAAUAUAUGGGAAAAAUGAACCUGAAAUAAAAAGCACUCAAAUUC